AUGACGAUCUCGGCGCUGAAAAGUCUGGAUGCUAUCAUAGGCGACACGAUAGCGGAUAUCGAGAGGGUGUAUGCUGCGUACCGCGGUGGAGAGGCGGCGUCUGGGUCUGGGGUUAUGUCUGGGUCUGGGAUUAGCUCGCCUCGCUCGAGGACACCGGAGCCGCAGCAUGACUGGGAAGCGAGGAUGGAUGGAGGUAGUUUGAAGUCGAAGACGGAUUUGGAGGACGAAAUCGAGCUUGAGAACAAGAAUGAGAAUGAGAACGAGAACGAGAAUGACGGCGACACGGAUCGGGUUCAUGAGAAUGAGGGUGAGGGUGAGGACGCGAAUCUGGGUCUGGGGCAGAAGGAUGGCGCGCGGGCGCGGGGUAUCCAUGAUGCUUCGUCAACUUGCACAGCUACAACCACAACCACAAUUCCAACUACGCCUACAACGACAGCUACAAUCACAAUCCCCCCCGCCGGGCACGCCAGGACGAACGCAGUCUCACCCGCGUAUGCGUAUGUUUCUCCGCCUCCGUUGCCUUCUGCAUAUACAUAUAUAUAUAUAUACAUGUCUGCAGAUGCAGCUGCGGAUGCGGCUACGGCUACGUCUCUUGAAGUAGGAGUGGAGACGCCCGCUAAGAACGCUGAGAACAAGAAGGAGGGCGAUGGGAAGGAGAAUGGGAAUGGUGAUGGGAUAUUUGAGAAUCCGAGGAUUGUUACGACGGAGUGUACACCACCUGGAACAGGAAUAUUGCACGCUGUAUCGACGUCCACGUCAAGGCGCGUCUCGCCAGUAUCAGCACCUCUUACAUGCGAACCCACCGCGUCUUUACCACAACACGUACCCGUACCCGUACCACCACCCGCACCACCACCACCACCACCAACUUCAAAUCCACCAUCACCACCACCUCCAAACCCACAUACACCCGACUUCCCCUCCCUAGACAACCCCUACAACCCAAGCUCGCUCAGCGAGGCGCUGACAGCGCACCCGGCGGUGCAAGCUGCGAUAUGCCGCAUUGUCGCUGCGGCGGGUCAGCUCGCUGCGAGUGUGCAGGUUCCGUUUUUGACGCUUUGUGAUGCUGGUUUGAGGUAUCACUUACCGUCGUGUAUGCGGUUGGUAGAGGGGUCGCAUGUUGUUGAGAUUUUGCGUGAGGCUGGGGAGAGAGGGAUGCAUGUGGAUGGAAUUUCGAAGCGGAAUGGUGUGCAGGCUUCCAAUCUUGCACACGUCCUACGAUUACUCGCGACGCAUCUUAUACUACGUGAAAUUUCCCCGGAUGUGUUUGCGCUGGAUCGGAUUUCGUCGAUGGUUGAUUCUGGGAAGAGUGUGGAGGAGUUGAGGAGGUUUCAAGAGAAUGGGGGUGCUGAUUUGGACACACCAACGCGUUUGAUAUGA